AAAAUUCAGUGCUCUCCCUCAUCUUCUCAACCAAGAACUUGUCUGAAACCUAAUCUUGUGUCUCUCUAGAUCUCUUCCUCUUUCCAAUUCCAUCUGUUAAGAGAAAUUAAAAUCAAUGAGAUGAAGGGUCUGGCGCAUUCACAAAGUUGCAGCAUCUGAAACUCUAACAGAAAACCAUUCCUCCCGAUAUGACGACGACGACGGGCGUGAAAGGAUUUUUUAAAGGCCUUCGCCACAUCACUCAGAUUUUCGAGGAAGGUAAAGACCGUGAUAUUCAGAUCGGGUUUCCCACCGAUGUAAAACAUGUCGCCCACAUUGGAUCCGAUGGUCCCGCAUCAAAUGCACCAAGCUGGAUGAGUGACUUCAACUCUCAAGGAAAUGAGAAUGCUCAAGUAGUUUCUCGAAGAGAUGCCAACAACAAUCCAACAGGAGAAGGAGUUGGAUUACAAGAGUUGCUGCCUCCUCCCGAUAAAACAAAGCACAAGAAGACAAGGCGUAAAUCCGAGUCACAUCACGGUUCUCCUCCUAGGCGAAACAGCAACGUGUUGCCAUCUGAACUGGUUCCAAGACCCUCGAGACGUCACCACAGGAGUAGGCACGCGUCGUUAGAUUCAUCUAAUGAUCCAUCGCUCAGGAGGAGGCGUGUUAUUGUCUCGGCUAAUGACGAGGAAGGUUCUAAUCAUCUUUCAGACAGCUCUUCUGCUUCUCAUAGAAAGUCUUCGUCGUCGCGUCAUAGGAAGGUGAAAGGAUCAGGAGGAGGAGAAGUGUCCGGGAGGAAGACCAAAGCUAAACCGGAGAAGUCUACUGUUCAAUCAGACGGCAUAUGUAAUGAUAAUAACACCAGCGACAAAGACUAA